UGCGUGCUGUAGCUGCUGGUGCAUCACUUUUAGAAAAAUCAGCAGCUAUAGUGUUAGGGUCUCCCCUUACCCUUGCUGUUCCCCAUGCUGUCUCUGCCUUGUUAAAUUGCAGGAAAACUCAACACUUGUCCUCUCCAAGGUUAUCUUCUUAUGAACGCACUAUUCUAGCUGCUAAUAAUGUUACUAUUGUUCGUUGUAAUGUUUUAAACCCUGCUUCUCUUUUACCUUUACCGCACGAUGGAGAUACUACUGCAUUACUCAGACAGAUCAGGUAUUUACCCCGCGUCCACAUCCCAGAGAUACACCUCUAGUUAACCCUGAUUGUAUUUUUUUUUGUAGACGGCUCAUGCAAAAGAGACGUGACUGGGCAACUUCGUGCUGGGUUUGCCGUAUGUUCACCACAUGCAGUCAUUGAAGCUCACAGUCUUCCUGGUAUCCGGAGCGCGCAACAAGCAUUGUGGAUUCCUUACCUCUUCUGGGUCUCCUAUUUCUCAUGCUCCUUUAAUUAAUGCCUUGCUGGAUGCUAUUUUACUCCCUAAACAGAUUUCCGUUAUGCACUGUAAAGCUCAUACAGGAGGUUCUGAUGAUGUGAGCCAAGGAAAUGCUUGUGCAGAUAAACAUACGCAGCAUGCAGCCCUUGAUGGUACCCCACUUGCCAGUCCCUUUUGUUUAGUCCUUGAUCUUUCAACCUCUAACAUUUCUCUUCUCCAGGAUGCAGCUCCAGAAUCCGAAAAACAUGCGUGGCUUUCUGCCGGCUGUAUCUUACAUUCUGAUACCUUGUGGAAGUCUCCUGACGGGAGCAUCAUUGCCCCUAAAACCCUUGUCCCUCAUCUUGCACGCGCAUCCCAUGAAAUGGGACAUGUGUGCAAAAGGGGGGUAGCAGAAAACAUUUUAAGAUACUGGUACGCACCCACUAUACAUGCAGUAGCGAAAAGGAUCUCACAAACUUGUGCGAUAUGCUUGCAACAUGGAAUUAGCAAACCCACAUAUGUCCAGGCUAGUGCCACUCCCUGGUCUUAUGGACCAUUUCAAAACUUACAAGUAGAUUUCAUUGAUUUACCGCCUAGCAAAGGGUUCAAGCAUGUCCUUGUUAUCGUGUGUCACUUCAGUGGGUGGACAGAAGCUUACCCCACUAGAAGAGCAGAUGCAGUCUCUGUAGCAAAGGAAUUAAUGACCGAAUUGAUUCCACAAUUUGGCAUACCACUUACAUUAGAUUCAGAUCAGGGACCGCAUUUUACUUCUCAAAUCCAAAAGGUUCUUAGUAAAGCUUUAGGAUUUUCAUGGCAAUUUCAUACACCCUAUCAUCCAGCAAGCUCAGGGAAGGUAGAACGCAUUAACCAAGAUAUUAAAUCAAAAUUACCCAAACUUUGUAAACAAACUGGACUUUCUUGGCCUGACAUUCUUCUGAUUGUGCUAAUGCACCUCAGGAACAUGCCUAAUAGAAAACAUGGACUUACGCCAUAUGAAAUUUUAUUUGGUAGACCUAUGAACGUGGGUUUAAACCCUAUCAUAGAGAUUAAAGCAGUAGAUCUGUUAGAAGGUCAUGAAAGUGUGUUAAGUUAUUGCAAAGGACUCAUGAAGACUUUCAAAGCUUUAUUUCCACAGGUCAGUGCAGCUUUACCCAUUCCAACUGAUGUUCCCUGCCAUGCUUUGAGACCUGGUGAAUGGGUUCUAGUAAAGGAAUUUUGCCGAAAAGACUGCCUGCAACCCAUACUGCCGUAAAGGUUGAUGGAAGAUCUGCCUGGAUACACACAUCUCAUUGCAAAAGGACAUUAACACCAAAGAAAGAAGAACAAAUCAACCCAGAACCAGCCCAGCUGGAAUUAGAUCCCACUCAAAAGGAAACUGAGGAAGAAGGUCUUCAAGAAACGAGUGCAGAUACCCCUCACCUUGUUGCACCCCCUCACAACUAUAACCUUCGUCCUAGAAGACAAGCCAAGAAAAGGUAACUAAUCAGUGUUAUUAACACCAAGGUGAACUCAGACAACGAAACCCAGAAGAAUUGCCUGCAGAGGCAAACCAAACAAUACUUGCCAACAUGACUGUUAAGUUUAUUAUGGCUACAGUGCUACUUAAUGUAGCCGUAUUAGGUGCCCCUAACACAUACCUUGGUCUGCUACAAAAGGUAUCAAUAGCCCUAAACGUCUCAGAUUGCUGGGUGUGUGGUCUUAGUCCUAGGGCUCAUAGCGAAGGAUUUCUUAUGAUACCUCGCCCCUUGAGUUUAGAAAGUUUAACUGUGCGGUGGGCAGACCCAAAUAAUGCCACUUGGACUGAUGCAAGGUACCUUACGGUGAUUUCUUUACAGGGAGAAAUGUGUUGGGUACACAACUACUCCCAACAAAAUUUUUAUUCAGUGGGAAAUAGUAGUUGUAAACAUUAUGAUAUGGGAAAAGGAGUGUGGAUGAACAAUCAUACUAAAGAGAGAACAUGGUGCCAAAGUUUUAAUGGAUGGUAUAGCCCAAAUAACCAGAUUAGCGGAACUGGAGCAAUAUCCUGCAAACCAAUGAAGUGGUCACGUAUCACCAUAUGGGAAUGUUUUAUUUUAGGAGGCCAUUGCUAUAGAGAUGGCACCAUAAAGUCAGCAUCUCCUGACAGUUUGGGAAGGCCAUCUCCUAUUGGAGGUCGGUUUACCCUAGACUGGUAUGAAGGCUCCUUUAGUAAUAACCAGGCCCUGCAAGGAACCUAUUGGGUAUGCGGGACUAAAGCCUACCAUCAGCUACCACCAAAUUGGUUCGCAUCUUGUUAUCUAGCCUGGCUAACCCCUCCAGUCAGAGUUACAAAAGUUCUGCCUCCAGGGCAUCACCGAAAUAAAAGAGAAAGCCCCGAGAGAGCAGAUUGAGAACGAGAUGCGAUAGCUACCCUUGAAACUUAUAAAAAUCCUUCAACCGUGGGAAAAUGAAUAGGGUGUUCUGUAGCAGGAAUAUUUCCACUAGUUACCGGUCCAGCUGUCUCCUGUUUGGGAAGAUAUACCCUGCAACUACAAGCGGUAGUUGAAAUAUUGGCCCUAGAAACUGAAACUGCCAUAACCAGUCUGGGAAACGCUAUAAAGAUCAUAGCCCGAAAUCAAGAUAAUUUACGACUAAUGGUUAUGCAGAACCGAUUAGCCCUUGACUAUGUUUUAGCAUCUGAAGGGGGUGCCUGUGCUGUAAUAGGCCAAGAGUGUUGCACUUAUGUAAAUAGUACCUUUGACUUAGUAGAAAACCAAGUUAAUAAUGCGAUGGUUCAUGCUGCAAAAGCCGCUGAAGCAGCCUUCGUUCCCAAAGUUUCUUCAGUAGAUUGGUUUGCUUGGUUAGAUCCUAGGGGAUUAUUCAAAGGUCUGCUUGGGAAAAUAAUGUCUGCUUUGUGUAUGGUUUUAAUUUUAGGGUUAAGUUUGUAUGUGAUUGUGCAGCUAGUUUUAUGUUGCACAAAGUUGUGUGUUAAAAAGGCUGAACAAACUAUCUAAAGAAAUGGUUAAAAACAUGGUGUUAGAACUAAGAAAUAAUCAAAUAAAGCAAGAGAAACUAUGGACAGACCUGUGCCAAAUAGAAAUAGAGUGAUCCUCCUUCGGAAGGAUCAAAUGGGUGAAAUGAAGGGGAAAAACAAAAUGGUUCCAGUCUGCCAUUUUGUUUGUGAGCAAGUCAUGUAGCCAGGUCAUGACCUUGCUGUUACAGACUGGUUUAAACUAGUUUUUUUUUUUCUCCAGUAACAAGUUGAAGACAUGUGCAGACUUGUCUGAGUGAUGGCUAAUGUUGAUUGGUUUAUACUGUUGCUAUGCUUAUGACGUCACGUUUUCUAUAUUACCGCCUCACUGCCUAUGCUCAGAGUCAGACCUCAUGGCAAAAUUCUGAAUUCGUGUAUGACACUGACCAGGAAUGCUUUCUUUAUUAAACUAAGUCUUUAAAUUUCAAUCGGCUGGUUCAUUUGAGCCUCCACCCAACGAACCAGGGGACGAAGUUUUCCCCUACACUGCCCAAGGGAGCCCAUCGCCCCAGACGCACUUUCUUUCCCCAGGAGCUGAAAGGCCCCUGCGGGUACCGGCACCAGCAGCUGGAGCUGAAGGUGCUGCGGGCCCACCUGGCAGCCCAGGAACAGGACACAGAGGUACUCCUGUCCCGGUAGGUGUGGGGCUGGGAGGGACCGGGCUGUUCCCGGGGUGUGGCGCAGGGCUUGGGGCUGAACCCAGGGCCCGUCCCUGCUUCUGCGCGACUCUCUCUUUGGGGAAGGGCUGUUUUGUGGGACGGCGUCGUCAGUCUCCCUGAGCCCAAAAAUGUGUUUUGUCACCACAGUGCUUGGCAAAGGGAAGAGGAGCUCCUGGUGAGUUUGGUGGGGCUGAGGCCGGCAGGGCCGUGGGGCAAGGGAGGGAGCAGGCUGAGGCUGAGCUUGGCCAGCUGGGUAAAUCCAAGAGGAUGUGAAAGCAGGGAACAGAGUCCUGGCACCUUGCAUGUGGGGACAGGUGGGGCCUGGCUGGUGCCUCAGGCUGUGUCGCUGUUGGGUGCUGAGGCCUGAUAUGCUCGGUGCAGCCAUGGGCAUGAUGUGAUGGGCUGGGGCGAUUCUGGUGCAGACUCAAGUGGAGGAGCUCAGGAGGGAGAAUUGCGCCCUGGUGCUGGCCCUCCAGGGGCAGAGGAAGUAGGGCCAUGACAUGGAGGACCGCCCCAUGGAGGUGAGCCUGCCCUGUAUGCCCCUGCCCAGGGAGAGGGGGAGUGUGUGUGUGCCUGUGUGUGCCCAGGGAAGGCUGUGCCCCACUGUACCAGGCCUGCACUCGAGGGGCCGGGUGCUGCCCUGGCUCUGUGGGUGGAGGUCUUGUGUGUGCAGUGCUGGGCACCAUGUGAGCCUUGCGGGUGUCACACUGUAGGACUGGUGGGGUGAUAGGUCUGUGCUGCACCGACCUCCCCUGCUUCAUGGAUGGCUGUCCCCUGCCAUAGCCACCCCCCAUCCUCUGCCAGGGGCCAGCUCUGGGCCAGGGGCUUGCAUUUUGUCCUCACUGCCGUAUGCUUUCUCCUUUGCAACAGCCUCCCGUGGAGGGGACAGCGGAGGUGUGCUGCCCAGCCUGGGAGGCAUAAGUGGGGCACAGAGAGGGGAGUGUGAGGAGCAUUAGCACCCACCAGGACAAGGGGGCAGGGUCCCAAGUGCAUGCUGGGACCCAGACCAUCCUUCCCCCAAGACCAGAAGCCAGCACCCAGGCAGAGGGCCCCCACCUGGUGCACACCAGCACCCAAACCAGGGCCCUCUGCCUGGGUGAUGUGGGUGCACAGAGGCUCGCUGUCCAAAUCCAGGAGGACACAGGGAGAGGUGGAAACGCCCCUCCAAGAUCAUGGAGCAGGGGACACAGACCGCUCCUCUUCCCCCUACAAUGGAGGCCAGCACCCAGGCAGAGGGCCCUAGACACGGGGACACCUCCACCCAGUGUAGGGCCCUCUGCCUGGUAGAUGUGGGCUGUGACCCCCCGCCACACUUGUCAGUGAAGACAAUUGAAUUUCAAGGUCCAAAAAAACCGGGACAGCGUGAAAGGUUCCAGCUCACCUGGCUGCUCCCCUGCUGCUUCACCCAACGGAGGUGAAGCCCUGCACUCCUCCCCUCCCCGCCCACCCCUGUUGUCCCCUCCCUACGUCCAUCGUCCCCUGCCUGAUCUGGGAUGGGCCCAACUGGACUGGCUGACGUGUGGAAGAGAGACGUAUUGGUUCUGUGACAUGAUUCUCUUCUCCUGCUGCCAAGAGGAACCCCUCUCCAGGAAACCUCUGCAUUGCAGGGUCUGACCCAAGACUGGGAGGAGAUGGCUGCUCUCCACAGUAUGCUCUCCCUGCACAAUAAGCAGGGCGAGGGACUGGAGUCUCCAGUAACUUGCAUAGGUUGUCUCACUGCACCAGGGCAGCUUUGGCUUUCACAAGCAGCUUUGAAGGUCCAGUCAUCAGUUGGGAUGCCUCUGUCCCUGCAGAUAGCCCUUGACAUUCCGAGCGCUUUCGAAGCCAAGCCCCAAGUGUCUUCCAUGGGAGAAAGAUGCAAAAUCGCCCCAAGCCUUCCAACAGAUGAAUGAGUCUGAAAUGUGGUGUUGCACUUCCAUGGUACUUGUAAGAUCCUAGAAAGACCAGCAAUGAACUGCAGCAUACCACAAGUACCUGAAGACUGGGGUUGUGAAGGAAGCAAGAAAAUGGCAGGUUUUGUGACAUGCACAAGGGAGAACCCAGAUGUGAUUUACUUGCCUAGUGUGCUGGUGUGGGAAAUAUGCUAAGAUGCAUGCCAGCUGUGGGGUUCCCUCCUGGGGAGCUGCCUUUCCUUCAGGAACCUGUGCAAAACACCAGCCUGCCAAGAACAAGACUACCCAGCUAAUCUGUCAUCGUUACGGCGGUGCCAAACUCUGCCUGCAAAUGCGUGCGAGUAGUUCCCGUCACUUGUCUCUAAUUGUGAUCUAGUCAUCUUUCCCAUUUAUAGCUGUUUCCACUGUUUUCAGAUGCCUGUUUUCUUGCUGGGCUUGCCAGUUUUUGGAGGAUGGCCUGCAGCUUUAGACCAUUUGUCUGAUGGUGUUGUGACAUAACAUCAGUACAUUAGGCCAAAUUUAGUGCUGCUGUGCAAGACCACCAUCACGUCCCAGGACAGGUGUGCCUGCGUGACAUUCUUUGGCCCUGAAAUCAUUCUGCAGUUGGUAAAAUCCUCAGGGCUGUUCAGAACAGGAUGAGCAAGCCUCUGUUUUCAUAAUCCUUGUAUGCUUCUGGCAUCCCAUGGGUACAGCCUGGAAGUCUGUAGAGCUCCUUAGCUCAAGUGUCUUCUCACAGUUACAAUCCACCUCUAUUUGUCUCUCACCUGAGAUGCUAGUACUGUCCAGUAGAAAGAUGAUGUCAUUAUCCAUAAGGGUCUGCCAUAGUUUAAGUCACAAGUGCUAGCUGUACUAUCAAUUAUUAUCUGAUCUGUACAUGCUAGUUGUAGACAUGGAUGCGCCACAUUACAUCAGAUAUAUUCUAACCCUAUGUUUCUAUUCAGCGAUAUGCCUUCAUCUAAUACUGCAAUUUCUGUCAGGCCUUGUGAGCUGAGCAGUCACUUUUUGGGUGGGAGCCCAAGGAUGCCUAUAUACUGUAGGAAGCAGUCUUGGUAAUUCAGUCGGCGGCAGUCCUAGUAAGCAGGGUUGACCUAGGUUCCCUUCAUGGUGCCAGGGGGCAUUGAGCUGCUGUUGUGAAUUGUGGAGCUGAGCUACCACCUGUGUGGCCAUUAAAGAGCUUUUGCCGGUUUACGUGAGAGUAACCCCCAUGCCAUGGCCAGGCUCUGCUUUGGGUAACUACAGUCUGAAACCUGGGUCCCCCAGGAGUUUCAGUUUGAUGCAACAUCCUUUUUCCCUUAUUGUCCCUUGUCGCUGAGCUUUGUAUCAUUGCAGUUGGCUGCAUCCACAGGGGCAAUGGUAGCUCGCCAGUAGGUGAUGCGAUUCAUGUCUGAAGUUGGUGAGCCCAUAUCAUCCUGAAAAUGAUUUGGGAUGAACAACAGCUGUUUAAUUGUAAAGCUCUGCCCAGUGCCCCGAGUUUUCAAGAUGACUUCCUCUGGGAUUCGUGCACAGAACCCACAUCUCGCGUCAGAGACAAACUGCAGGCCUACAAUGACACUGCCAUGGAAGAGGUUUACCCUUUUGUGUUUUUCAGCUCAGUUAUAAGUAUAAAAAGAUCCAGGCAAGCAUUGUGUCCUUUUACCACAGAUAACUGUCCCCUUAGUCAGGGAAUGCGUCACACACUCAGCUGAAAAAAAAGAGUACUGUUUAAAAUGAUAUCCAGUAGAUUUGAAUUAGAAAAAUAGAUUUGUACUAGAAAACCCAAUAGAUUUUUAUUAGAAAAAUGCACCCCAGAAAGUUAACUUGUUUUCCCUCUAUUUUUAUGCUUUUAUGCCUUUGUUUAUGUAAAGGGUCCUUGGCAUAGGUGAAGGUUGCUGGCUUGAGAAGUUGGGGGCCAGGAGAGGCGGGCUGGUCAGCUGAGCAGCCACGUUUCACUUUUGGCUUGGAAUGGUUUUUAUUUGACAAGGCAAAAAUAUGCUGUCGCAGGGCACCUCGGUGCCUGCUCCUAGAGAGUGGAAACUGCCAGGGAGAGAGAGAGCGAGCCCUGGCAGGACAUAACGAGCCCAGCUGUGGGUUGUCAGGGAUAGAGCACCGCUGCGGGUUGCCGGGGCAUCUAGGGAGGGCCAGCUGUCUGCAGGAGGCAGGGCCUGGUCCUUAUAAAGCCCAGGGCUGAGGCCAGGCUGAGCAGCCGGAGGG